AUGUUUCGCUCAAAGGCGUGGAGGCAAAGGUCCCUGGAUCUCUUUCUCCAAAGAGGAUACAACUGGAACCCAGCAACGGGCGCCGUCUCAAGAGACGGAAAGACGAUCUUUCGCACAGAGAGGCGAUAUCGCCAGCCUGUCAUUGAAUUUAACCAAGUCGAUUACGAAUCGCAUAUACCACCGGCAACCGCCUUCACCUCAUCCACGCAGCCGAGACCCGAGUCCGCUGCAGAAGCCAUUCGCUGGCACCAACGCCUAGGUCAUCUUGGGUCCGAAGCCCUUGAGCGCCUAGUUCAACAGACAACCGGAGCCAAAAUAAAUGGCCCGCUCAAAAUUGAGUGCAAAGACUGCGCCGUUUCGAAGGCAAAACGUAUUGUCUCACGACGGAGCCCGCAGACCAAAACACCACGACCAUUCUGGCGAAUCUACGUUGAUAUCUUCGCCAUGAGCAAUGGAUACAACGGAAUGAAACACGCCAUGCUGAUCAGAGAUGAAUACACAUCCAUGAUCUACAUAUACCUUUUGAAGGAUACAACCACUGAGAGUGUUCUCGGAGUGUUAAAGGCAUUUGAAGCCUACAUUCGACGACAAUUUGGUACGUCAAUAUGUGUUAUCCAUCGAGAUAAUGACCGAGCACUUCAAGCAGAAUAUGACGCCUGGGUCAGAUCCCAAGGGAUUGAUGACGAACCCACCGCGCCAGACACACCGGCACAAAAUGGGCCUGCCGAACGAUCUGGGGGGGUAAUAGGCAGUCAGUCUCGCACAAUGCUGGUUGGUGCCAACUUUCCGGACGAAAUGUGGCCUGAGACCUGGAAGACUGCGAUUUAUCUGCAUAACAGAUCGCCGCAACAGGCAAACAACUGGAAAACGCCGUUCGAACGGCUGCACCAGUGGCUACAGGAAAACAAUCGUGACACCAGAUACCUCCAGACGCAGCCCGACAUUGCCCACCUUAAGGCGUACGGAUGCCGCGCCUAUCCGCUGACCAGGGAAGCCCUACAAGGCAAGCAUAAGAAGAACCUGAAGACCCAUCCACAUGCAGAGAUCGGGUACCUUGUUGGAUACGACUCUACCAACAUCUUCAGGGUAUGGAUUCCAGAAAGAAAAGAGGUUCGCCGAGUCCGAGAUGUGACUUUCGACGAAACCCGUUUCUAUGAUCCAAGUGAUCACCAGCAGCAGCUUCACAUUGAAGAAGCAGAACCACAACUUCAACUCCCUGCCCAUAUUGAAAGCGACCCAGAACCUGAGGAAUAUGAAGGAAUCAGGACAGAGGCGCAUAGUGAGCCAGAAUCGCCACCUUUCCAGGAGGCAGGAAGCGAAGAUGAAACCCAAUCAACCAUUUGGGUUGGUGGUCAAGACCACUCCAACAAGGAUACGGAUCAAGAGCUUGAUGGCUGUGACGAACAAGCCAUAAGCCAAACCGUCUAUCCAACGCCUGACGCAAGUCACAGAGGCUCGCACAGCCCAGACCUUCCAGAUCAGGACAAUCCAGAGAAUCGACAAGACCAUGACAACGAGCAUGAGAUCGAGAUCGAUGAUCAUCUUCAAACACGAGCGGAAAACCCGCCAACACGUAAAUCGACACGAGAGAGGAAGCCAAGUGAACGAGCUCGCGAAGCAGCAGCUGGUUCCUGCGCAGUUUACCGAAGCAGCUUCUUCAUCGGUAGCGAACAGAAACUGCACCGACGAAGUCUUCCUCCAGAGCCAAGAAACUACCAUGAGCUCACAAGCCACCAAUUUGAACAAGACUUCAAGGAAGCCAUGAAUAUCGAAUGGACAAACGUAAAUAAACGUGGAACGGUUAAGCCAAUCCCAAGGGAUCAGGUAACCGGCCAAGUCCUACCACUAACAUGGGUGUUCAAAUACAAGUUCAACAAACACGGAUAUCUUCGGAAAUUUAAAGCACGAAUCUGCGUUCGAGGUGAUCUACAGCAGCUAGGCUCCAAGGAGACCUACGCAGCCACCCUCGCAGGACGUUCAUUCCGAAUCCUGAUGGCAAUCACUGCCAAAUUUGACCUCGAAACGAGACAGCUCGAUGCGGUCAAUGCAUUCACGAACAGUGUACUUGACGAAGACGUCUAUGUACAAUUCCCAGACGGCUAUCGCCGCAGAGGAUGGGUCCUGAAACUGCUACGAGCAUUAUACGGACUAAGACGGUCACCUCUGCUAUGGCAGAAGGACCUGACCGCAGCCUUAGAGAAACUUGGCCUCAGACAGAGCCAAGAGGAGCCAUGCCUUUUCACAAACAGCUGGCUCACAGUUUUCUUCUUCGUUGACGACAUCGUCUUGCUGUACCAUGCCAGACACCAAGACGCCGCGGACGAAUUCAUCGUCAAACUGAAAACUCAAUAUGAAAUGAAGGACCUAGGGGAACUCAAGUGGUUCCUAGGCAUUCGAGUCCUGAGAGACAGAGCAGCUCGCAAGCUAUGGCUCUGCCAAGACUCAUACAUUGAAAAGAUUGUAAAUCAAUACGGGAUCACAAAGCGUGACCAGCUCAAAGGAAAUCUAUUCCCCACGAACGACCUGCAACGUCGAAAGGACCAGGCAAAACCAGACCUUGUUUGCGUCUGGCGCGGUGGGUUCGUCAUCAAUCCCUUGGGAUCUGACCCAGGCGUCAUAUUCUGCUUGAAGUGCUCGGUCAUUAUCUCGGUGGAUAACACAUAUUAA